UUGUCUCUUCCCCCAUCACCCUUCUGUUUCUCCAUCUUCUUCUUCUUCUUCCUCCUCCUCCUCCAAAAAAACCCUAAUUUCUUCUUCAUCAAAUCUCACAUAUACCCCUUAAUUCUCUCUCUAGAAAAGAUCAAUCAAUGGCGACUCUAACUCCGGGAAUUCUGCUAAAGCUCCUCCAGUCCAUGAACUCCAACACCAGAGUUACCGGCGACCACCGCUCUCCUCUCCUCCAGCUCAUCGGAAUCGUGCCUGCCCUAGCCGGCUCCGACCUCUGGUCUAACCACGGCUUCCACGUCCAGCUCUCCGACUCCCUCCACUCCACCUACGUCUCUCUCUCCGACCUUGACUCCGAUCUCAUCCUCACCGAUCGCCUCCAGCUCGGCCAGUUCGUCUACAUCGACCACUUCCUCAUCGAUUCUCCGGUCCCUCGUGCCUCCUCCAUUCGUCCCAUCCCCGGCCGCCACCCCUUCCUCGGAACUCCCGACCCUUUAAUCGCUCGCAUUUCGGAAUCCAAGCGGGAGUUCGUGAUUCAGCCCGUAUCGGAUUCGGAUCAAUCGAACGAUCCAAUUGUUUCGUUGUUCACCAACAAGAAACUUGAGGAGUCGAAAAUUGAGGCUAAGAUUGACAAAAAGCUUACCGCAAGACGAGUUUUAGCGCCGAGAGAUGAUAAUAUUAAUGUAUUGGUGAAGAAAGAGAAGGAAUUGAAGGUUUCUGAUAGGACUCAGAGGUUUUCAUCUCCCGGUGCUGUGAAGCAACAACGGUCUGCAUCGGUGGAGAAGAAGAUGAAGAAUAUAGCCGUUGUGGAGAGAGAACCGUCGCCGGCGGGGAAAGUGAAGAGGUCGGCGUCGCCGGUGCCGUCGAAGUGUGUGGUUCCGAGUUUGGUUGUUGCUUGUGAAGAGAAUCGGACGAAUUCGAGGGAGCCGGCAAUUGUAGUGCCAUCGAAGUAUCGACAGGCGUCACCGAAUGGGCGGAAACAAGCAUCGCCGAAUCCCAGGAGGAUGUCAAUUUCGCCCGGAAGGAGACUUUCCGGGGGAAUUAGGGUUUCGCCUGUUGUUGGGGCGGUGGAUUCUGCGAGUAAGAAGAAGAUGGCGACUAUAGUUGCUGGGAUUGCAAAGGUUUCGGAGGCGAUUGUCGGGUCAGCGAAGGCGAAUAAAAAGAGCUGGGAUGAUUCAUCAGCAGUGGAGGAGGCUUCUGGGGAGCAGAAACAGAAGAGUUCAAUGAAAAAUAAGCCAGAUUUGCAAGCAAUUUUGCGAACUCAGGCUGCUAUUUCUAGGCGUCUAAGCGAUGUGAAUGGUCAAAAGCCCGAUAAAGAUGAUUCUGAAAACUGUGAGAAAGCAAAAUCUAGCAGUUUGGUGGCCGAGAAGCCAAUCUGCACAGCUCCAGGAAUCACUGUUCAUGAGAAGAAAUGGACUGAUGGUAGUACUCCGUUGGAUGCAGUCUCAGCAAAGCUUGCAAGGCUUGGGAAGGAAGCUAUGCAGAGGAGGACCCUUUCUUCUUCAGCUGCUGCUGAAGCUCUGGAAGAGGCCAUUGCCUCCGAGUCUAUUGUAAGGAGCUUAAGUAUGUUUUCGGAUCUUUGUUCCACAUCCAAGGGAGGAAAUCCUUUGCCAACAAUCGACCAUUUUAUGUCCAUAUACAAUGAAGUUGUGAAAUCAACAACUACUGCUGAAUCAAUAGCCACAAACUGCAAUUCCCUCACUCCUACCAACAAUAUCCCAACAGAGCAUUCAAAAUCCAUUUCUCUUUGGGUAGAAGCCGCUCUGGCAACAGAUCUUGAAAUCGUCUCCCUCCUGACCAACCAAAACUCUGAGCCUCGUCCAACUCUGCAAAAACGUUCAUCAAAACGACAAUCUUUCAGUACACCUUCCAAAAAUCACGUGACUGCUUCUUCAUCAACCCCCCCUUCAAAUACUACUGGGAAGACAUGGACAAGGGGAUGUGGAAUGAAUGAGAAUCGAGAACUUGGAUUGAAAUUGCAAUCAGAGAUGCAAAUGUGGAUUGUACGGUUUGUUGAGGAGUCAUUGGAUGCUGGUUUUCGAGUGUUGGGAAAGUGUUCUAGUGACACUGUGGGCCUUGAUUCUGGUCCAAUUACCGUAGUGUUGUCGCAAUUGAAGCGAGUCAACGACUGGUUGGAUCGUGUGGUGUCAAAAGAGGAUGAAUUCUUGAUAGGAAAGAUUGAGCAGCUAAAGCGGAAGAUCUAUGGAUUUGUUAUCCAACAUGUGGGGACGACUGCUUCAUCUUGAUUUCUUAACAGGUUGUUCUUACAAUAAUUUGUUUUGCAUCAUUUAUUUAGUAAAAUGUGGUUGGAAAAUUGUUAGAAAUGCAAGUUUCCUUUAGAUACAAUUCUUGCCAAUUCUGUUGUAUA